GAAUGUUUCACGAUUCUUCUUCUUUCUUCCAAAUUUGCGUUAAGUGAGAGUGUUGCAUUCAGUUACUUAGCUUCAUCAAUGGCAUUGUGCGGAGCGAGCCAGCAGCUAGCUUUAAUAUCUGGCGGCAACGGGCAUCAGAGAAGAGGAAGAAUAAGUAGAAGCAACAGGGGUCCGAUAAAAGUUCAAGCAUCGACGAGCUCUGAACUGGGGGUGUAUGAAGAGGGCCGAUUGGAGCGGCCCGAUUGGUCUGGACAGACCCCUUUGUCUCGCCUUGUCGGUGCUCUCAUUUCCUUCAAACCACUCUAUUCCAUUCUCAAGCUCGGUGCCAGACAAGUUUUAAUCAGUACAGCGGAGAAGAAGAACAUUUCAUGGCGAAAACUCACUUCCGAUAUUUUGGAGUCCGACGUUUAUAAGGAGCUCGACAGUGUUCAAAAUCCCUCCAUUGUCUAUCCUGAUUAUUACCUAAAGCCUUUCCAUGCAUAUGACGAUGGUAAUCUCUCAUGGCUUGCGGCAGCAGAAGUACAGCCUGCAACCAUGUCGAUGAUUAUGCGAGCUGUACCGACUGCUUCUUCAGUGGAUGAAGCAAAGGAAAUUGUAUUUGGAAAUUGGCUUCGUAGGAUUAAAGAGCAUCAUCUGAAGUAUUCAGGAAAUCCUAUUCUAGACAUUCUCGACAUUGGUUGUUCUAUAGGUUUUGGUACGAGGCAACUGGCUGAUGAGUUUCCAACAGCUAAAGUAACAGGACUUGAUUUGUCUCCUUACUUCCUUGCUGUGGCUCAAUACAUGGACAAGAAGAAAGCUCCAAGAAGGAAUGCAAUAAGAUGGUUGCAUGGAAAUGGAGAAGAUACUGGCUUGCCUUCAAGAUCUUUUGACUUACUUUCCAUUUCUUAUGUGCUCCAUGAAUGUCCCCACGUAGCGAUAGUGAAUAUCAUUAAGGAAUCAUUUCGGCUUCUUCGACCCGGUGGCACGAUUGUAAUCACUGACCAAGCGUCCAAAUCAAAGGUUGUUCAGGAAUUGUCCCCUGUACUUUUCACCUUAUUAAAAAGCACAGAACCUCAUUUAGAUGAGUAUCACCUUACUGAUUUGGAAGAAAAAAUGAAAGAAAUUGGGUUUGUGAAUGUGACAUCAAGACUCACUGACCCAAGACAUGUUACUAUAACAGCAACAGUUCCAUUUUGAUGAUGAGUAUGAAAUACUUCAUUGAUUUAUUAACAAUAAUAAAUCAGAAAAUUUUGUAUCGUACAAGUUUGAAAUGAAUUCCGGUGUUUGUAUUUUAGUAUUGGCUUCGGUAUUCAGAUUACUUGCUGCUUGACUGAUUCAUAUGACAAGUCCUAAUUUAUGAAUUGUUGUUUAAUCACA